CUCCCAUUUGAAUUAAUCGCAUUUGGAAACGAGCGUUGUCGUUAACCCCUCGACCGCGACGAUUGCUGCCAUAAAAUCGUUUGUCUGAUAGAAGGCAUUCAUGCAAAUGUUCUCAUCGGCCCAAGACGGUAUCGCGAUAUUGCACGUAAUGCGAUUUUACGGGGUUUUCUUUUUGUCAGACUAGAUGCGUCUCGCUCUACUAGCUCACCCGAUAUCGAUUGUUUUUCUCGUGUUGGGACAAUUAACGACUUGAACCAUUAGAGAUUCUCGAAGAAAAACUUUUCGGGUUAGCUUCCCCGUGGAAUGUUUUUCGAAUAGGUGACAUACCAGUUUCUAUCCCCUCGCAUAAUUAUACAGAAAAUGGAAAGUCUUUAAAACCAAACAGUAAUUAAUAAUAACAAUAUUCAUAUUUUGCACAAAGAAGGAUUAUGUUAAUUACUAAUAAUUGUUAAUGAGUAAGAUAUGACGGUAAUAAUAAUUAAAUUUAGAUUAAUCCAUUAAUUAACGUGCGAUCACAAAACGAUCACGCGGACGAAUAAUAUAAAAUAAAUUUAUUGUAUAGAUGCAUUAUACGCGCUUGCUUUUAGAACAAGAAUGACAAAUUAAUCAAAAAAUAAAUGCAAAAUAAAUACGUUUCGGAUCUGCAAUAUGAGGAUAUUAUACCAAUUAUGCUCUGCGUUCGUCCGAGUAGAAUAAUGUAGUCAUGCUCCAUGCUACUCCCUUCCAACAAGCAUCUUUAAAGCUUCGCGCCAAAAUAAAGAUUUUGCGGUCGCAAUAGCGCCGCCUCGCCGCGCAUGAGUAGUACGUCUUCAUUGUGUUUCUUGUUCUCCCGAACAACAGCAUCGUAUCCGCGUGUGCUUCCCCUUUUAGUGUACCUAGGAAGAUAUUCUCGCUACUCAAUCGCGUGGACGCGAUCUUCUUUACGAGGGUAAAUCGAACGGCCUGUUGGAAAUGCUAUCGCAUUCCGGGCCGAUGCGCGAGGAGCGUCAGAGGAUCUAUGGUUGCAAUUCUAACCUCUCUAACCUCUUCUCGGACGCCAUUGCGCACGAGCCAGGGACAUCGUGGGACGGGACGCCGUCGGACAGGACAUCAAGGCGAUCACGUACGAGGGGAUCUCCGGAGAAAAUGCUCUGGGGAAGACCGAAUGAAGUUGGAAAGGGACGUCUCGGAACCAGCUUGCCAAGUAACUUUGCUUCCAUAACGCUCUCCCCGAGUCGGGCUCAGUGCUUUGUCGACGAGGCUUCUACCAGCUUUUCUACGUUUCUACCACGCCCUGUUUCAACAAAAUUUGCAUGGCUGAAGUGAAGCGACAUUUACUAUCGUUUGUUCUUUAUCUGAUGAUGAAAUAAAAGUUUGACACGGUGUUUUCUUUA